CUGCUAGUGGACCCCGUUGGCAGCCAGGCGAAAGAGGAAUCUAUCCAAUCUUGAGCUGCGGGCUUGAACAGGCGAUGACGGAGGUAACCAGGGGCUGAGUAUGGGAUGAUUGAUAAGCAAAUUGUCCACGUCAUGGGCGAACAAUGACCUUCGGUCCACGUGCCGAAGUUCCUUUUGCCGACGGUCAGGUGCUUAGCAAAGAUUUCUCAGAGAUAACAUAAGGCUAUCUUUUUGUUGUUGUCAAUAGAUACAUAUAAGAGAGCCAACUGCUGCCAUACAGAGAGCGUCUUGCUCGCAUAUUACUUGCAUGAGCUCAGACAGAUCCGCUUCAAGAGGAUCAGCAAGAGCAUCAGCAUCGAAGGGUUCUCACAGCUCUGCGCCGAUUAUCGAUUCCAAGUCCACCUUUCGACAUCUUGCCAUUGGAACAUUAUUGGCAGUUGCCAUCCUGAUCGUGUCCACGCUGUUUGCCCCCCAUCUGAUCCGUUCACACCUUCCGAGAUCUCUGACAACCUUGUCAAGCAGACAACCUUCCUAUUUCUCUAGCUUCAGCUUUCACGGUACACCGCAUAACCCAUCUUCCGACCCUCUCAGCAGCAGCAGCAGCGGCACCGUCGCCGUCGAUAAUAUGGCUUCCAUUCAGAAAGUCGCCGUGGGCGAAAAAAAGUAUGCCAAAGCUCUAGGACCAGAGAAGAAGAUCAGUGCUGCAGAGGAAGCACAGUGGAAUUCGUGUGUUCAAAGCGUGCUAUCCAUGUUGGAAGUAGACUGAAAUGGUCAUGCGUUCAGGAUGGCAGAUCGCAUGGAAAGAUUCCACAGUCA